AUGUUCAAGCAAUUUGAUAUAUUUGGGAGCUAAAUAAAUCUCAGGUUUAAUGGAUAAUAGACUCAUAAGACUAACUUAGGAUCUUUAAUUUCUAUUAUAAUUGCUGUUUUUAUUAUAUACCGCUUAUUCAACAUCAUUUAUAGUGUUGUGCAAAGGAAAAACCCUCAAGUUAUGUAUAAUGAAAGAUAAGUAGAUGACCCUGCUCUAUUUUCUAUUGAUAGCAAAUAUUUCCCUAUUGCGUUUGCUAUGGAAGAUCCUCAAACUAAUAAUUAUUAUAUGGAUGAAAGCAUUUAUACAAUUAAAGCUUAAUGGAAAUCAAAAGUUGAAGUUUUUAAUUCUACUACUUAAGAAUAUGAUAUUGUAUGGCAAGUCUAAGAUAUUGAUGUUAAAAGAUGCACUCUUGAAAACUUUUAAAACCUUGAUAAUCAAAAGUAUUACUUAAAACUAAAUUAUACAAAUAUGUAUUGUCUUCCACCUGAUUACAACAUUAAAAUUUAAGGAGAUUUCCCUUCUCCUGUUUUCUCUUAAUUGAUUAUAACAAUUUAAAAAUGCUAAACAAAUUGCAAUACACAAUAAUUAAUAGAUUAUUACUUAAAAAAAGCAUACCUUGGAAUGCUAAUAUCUGAUGCAUAUGUCGAUCCUACAAUUAAGGAUUAUCCUUUUAAGAUUUAUUCAAGAGAUUUAUUUUGGUCUACAAGUUCUAAAAUGCCUAAAGAUGUCAAUAUUUAUAUUAGAAACAAUUAUGUUUAAAGCGAUUUUGGCUGGUUUUUCUCUGAUAUAAAAACACAGACUUUUCCAACCUUUAGUUAUUAUGAGGAUUCUGUUUAUCCAGAAGAUUUCUAAGAUUAUUUUUUGUAAAUUUAUUUUAGGUUUGAAAAAUAGAAAGAAAGCUUGUAUUUAAGAAAUUAUCCUGACUUUAACAGCAUAAUAACCUAAAUAGGUGGUUUCACUCAAAGCUUAUUAGCAAUAGGAUAUUUAAUUUGUAGACGUUUCUCUUAAUUAAGAUUAAAUUAAGAUAUUGUCAAUUAAAUUUUUAAAUAUGAGGAUGAAGAGUAAAAAUUUCAAAAGGAUGAUGUUAUCAUUGAAUAAGAAAUUAAAGCAGAAGUAAUACCAAAAAAGUAAAUAAAAUAACUAGGAAAUCGCCCUUAAAGCACCUAAAAUAUUGUUAUCAAAAGGAAAUAGCGAAAUUUAACUUAAAUAAUCUAAACAAAUAAGAAGAAUAUUUAUGAAUCUAAUCAUAGUCUCAAUUAGGAUCUUGAUAAAUCUAAAAUAAAAAACAUCGUUGAUGAUUAAAAUAGCUCGUUUCCUAUUAAAAACAAUUGCAAACUUAAAACAGGUGGAUUUAGUGAAUACAGCAAGUAGUGUAUAGAUUUAAUAAAUUGCUCUGAAAUGUUAAAGUAAUAAAGUGAAUAAAAAGAUUAAAAAUAGAUGCUAAACUAGCUUCUUUAAAAUGAUUUUCCUAGUGAAGUAAAUAUCACGAACCCCAAUAGUAUGGGAAUAAUUAAGAGUACUUUACCUUAAAAAGUACUAAAAAAGUAACCUACUUAAAAGCAGUUGAAAAAGGCAGUAGAAAAUCACUUUGAUUCCAUGUUUAAGCAAUAAACUAAAAGCAUUCAUGUCACUAUUUGGGAAUACAUUAAAUCCUCUUUGUUUCCUUGUAAGUAAUAAAAGAAAAAAAAGGAUAUUAUUAACUACAGCUUUGAAAUGCUAUACUAAAACCUUGAUAUCCUACAAAUAUUAAAGAGGCUUAUUGAAGUUGAGAAAUUAAAGAGAUUGUUUUUAAAUGAAGAACAGCUCAAAUUAUUUGACUACCUACCAAAGCCCACUAUAAACUCUGGUUUGUUUGAUAGAAAAAAAACAGAUAAAGGUAUUUAGAAUUAAUAUGAAAUAAGUUUACUUUAUUAAGAUAAUAGAACAGAAUUGUAAAGAGCUAAGGAUGCGUAUGAUUCUUAUAAAAAAAUAUUAAAUAAAAGUGAGAGUACAGAGCUAGAUGAAAAAUUAAUUAAUAUGCUAGAUCAAAAUUUAAUUGAUAUUUUUGAAGCAUAAAAUGAAAGUAACUCGGCCUUGAUGAAUUUGGUAGAUAUAAAUAACGAGUUAAAUUAAGUAAGCAUUUUGUAAGAUAAAAGUUAAACUAAAUAUAUAAAUUAGAACAUAGAUUAAAAAUCCUCAGUAAAAAGUAAAAAUUAAUCCCAUAAUUCAAUUUAAUAAUCUGAAUAAAAAAUUGACAAACUUAUUAGCUACCAACUACAAUAAUUGAAUUUAUCUAAUUUCUGUAACUUGAGCUAAAAAAAAGAUAUCACUUUGAAUGAAGAUUAACCAAUUUAAACAGAAACUACUAAUUAAGAAGAAGUAGCUUAAGAACGCAUGUAUUGCAGAUAAAUUCCAUUUUAAUUAUGUAAUUUAAAUAUAGGCUCUAAAUGA